CACUUCUCCACAAAAUCUUUGAUUUAUAAUGUCAAAAUAGCAAAAAGGUUACAUUGUUUGAAUAUGUGGGAAGGAGGAAAAGUGUUAGAAACUAGGAACCUAAUGCGUUAUACAAGGAACAACACCGUGAAUCACGAAUCACGUAAAUCACUUAAAAUUGAUCAAUUUUCCUUUGAUGACGUCAUUCGCAAAAAUCUAUAAAACCUGGCUAACUUCAGAAGUCAAAAUUAAAUCCAGGACUUACCUUGUAGAAGAAAUAAUACGUUGUAUCAACUUCUAUUACACGCUAUGUAAGUUUUUGCUGUGGAUAUAUGCAAACAAACAUUCUAUAUGCCUUUUAGAGUUAAUAGGGCUAUAAGGAUACAUACAAAUGGUACAUACAAAUGAAAUUGUCUCUAAUUAGGUUUAAUAUACUUAUAUAUUUAUGAUUUCUUUUAGAAUAAUGGUGAGAAACGAUAUCUUUCCCAUCCUAGAUGUUUCAUGUCUGUCAGAUAAUUACACAGCAGCCACUGAUUGGGAAGGUGCAAAACUUCAGCAUGAUGUACAGGUAAACAAUCUUGUUGAAGAAUUAUCAAAUGGUUUUAGUGACUGGGGAUUUCUUUACGUGAAAGGACAUGGUAUACCACAAAAUCUCAUAGAUGACGCAUUUAAAAUGUCAGAAAAGUUUUUUAAACAGGAGAAGGAGACGAAGAUGAAUUAUAAAAGAGGACCUGGAAUAAGUGAAGGAUAUGUUCCAAUAAAAGGUGAAGUGUUUGAUGAAAUGAAACCUGAAGAUAUAAAGGAAGCUUUUGACUUUUUGCCUAAUUCUGAUGUGAGUAAAAAGUUGUCACAGGAAAUGCCAGAAGUUGUGACUGAAUUGAGUAAGUUAUUUGAACAUUGUUCAACAUUGCUAUACAAAUUACUGAGGUUGCUUGCAGUUGCUCUUGGUAUAGACACAGAGACUUUUGUGAAUCUACAUACAAAUAUUGGUAAUCGCAGUUUAAAUGGAACGUCACUGCGCACGUUGUUUUAUCCACAUAUCAAUCGACCAACAGGGGAGAAUCAAAGACGUUGCGGUGAGCAUACAGACUAUGGUACAAUAACUUUGCUUUUUCAAGAUAAUAUCGGUGGCUUAGAGGUUUUGUCUCCAUCUGGAGAAUUUGUAAAGGCUGUUCCGAUUCCUGGUGCCAUCGUUAUUAAUGCAGCUGAUCUCUUGCAUACAUGGAGCAAUGGAAAAUUCCGCGCCACGAUUCAUAGAGUACAAAUUCCAACUGAUUCGAUGCGAUUGUCAAUGCCACGUCAAUCAAUUGCGUUCUUUGCCCAUCCAAAUUAUGAUGUCACUAUUAAUUAUCAGGACGAGAAUGGAAAAUCGAAAACGAGAAAUGCGUAUGAACAUUUGAAAACAAGAUUCGAUUCCACCAUUUUUACGAACAAUGUUUAA